AUGCCUGGAACUCCAGCCUGGCGCGCGAGGAUCGCCAGCGUCUUCCGCAAUGCCGACGCCCACGUCCUGGUGGCCUUCUGGCUGUUUGGCCUCAUCAACAAUGUCCUCUACGUGAUCAUCCUGUCCGCCGCGCAGGACCUCAUCGGGAACCUGCCCAAGGGCAUCGUCCUGCUUGCCGACGUGAUGCCCUCCUUCGUGAUCAAGCUCGUCGCCCCCUACUUCAUCCACCGUGUCCCCUACGCCGUGCGCAUCCCCAUAUUCGCCGGCAUCUCCGCCACCGGCAUGCUCCUCAUCGCGCUCACGCCGGCCACGGGCUCCGUCCCCGUCAAGAUGCUGGGCGUCGUGCUCGCCAGCCUGAGCAGCGGCGGCGGCGAGCUGAGCUUCCUCGGCCUGACCCACUACUACGGCCACAUGAGCCUCGCCGCCUGGGGCAGCGGCACCGGCGGCGCGGGGCUAGCUGGCGCGGGCCUGUACGUGCUGCUCACCACCUGGCUCGGCUUCAGCGUCAGGGACAGCCUGCUCGCCUCGGCCUUCCUGCCCGCCGUCAUGCUGCUCAGCUUCUUCGUCAUCCUCCCACAGGGGCCACUGCGCCAGAGCGCAGCUUUCAAGAGCUACGAGGCCCUUCCGGAGCAGGACCUGGCCGAGGACGACGUCGACGACAUGCCCGCGGGCAACGCCUCGUCCAGCCUGCUGGCCCCGGGUCCCGCCGUCGCAACCACCGCCUACUCCGCCCACCCGGAAGGGCACAGCAGCGGGUCCUUCGUGGCGCACCUGCGGCGCGCGAGGUCGCUGGUGAUCCCGUACAUGCUCCCGCUGUUCAUGGUCUACGUCGCCGAGUACACCAUCAACCAGGGCGUCUCGCCGACGCUGCUGUUCCCGCUCGAGUCCUCGCCCUUCGCCGAGCACAGGGACUUCUACCCCUUCUACAACUUCCUCUACCAGUUCGGCGUCUUCAUCUCGCGCUCGUCGACGCCCUUCGUGCGCAUCCACCACGUCUACAUCCCGUCCUUCCUGCAGGUCGGCAACCUGGUCCUGCUGACCCUGCACGCCCUGCUCAACUUCAUCCCGACCGUCUACAUCGUAUUUCUUGUCGUCUUCUGGGAGGGCCUCCUCGGCGGCGCCGUGUACGUGAACACCUUUGCCGAGAUUAUAGAAAACGUGCCGGUCGCAGAGCGCGAGUUCAGCCUCGGCGCGACGUCCGUGGCUGACAGUGCCGGCAUCUGCCUCGCUGGAUUUAUCGGCAUGGCUGUAGAGGUGUGGCUGUGUGAUUGGCAGGUCCGGCAUGGGAGAGACUGGUGCAGGAACAUCAAGGUGGGCUGA